AUGGAGCGGGGGGAGGAGGAGGAGGAGGAGGAGGAGGAGGAGGAGGAAGGACGCGGGGCCGAAGAUGAGGAAGGAGGCCGGGCCGAGGCUGAAGGAGCCGGGGAUGGCGGCGGCGGAGCCCCGGGUGACGCUGGAGCCCCGGGUGACGCUGAGGACGACGAUGACGAUGACGAUGAUGAUGAUGACGAUGAUGAUGAUGAUGAAGGCCUGGCCGCGCGGUUCCUGGCUCUGGAGCUCGCCCUGUCCGAGCAGCUGCGGGCGCUGCCGCCCCCCGGGCCCCCCGUGUCGCUGCUCUACGCGCCCCUCGAGUACGCGUGGGAGCCGCACCGGCGCUUCGUGCGGCGCUACCUGCGCACCCCGAAACCCGUGCUGUUCCUGGGCAUGAACCCCGGCCCGUUCGGCAUGGGCCAGACCGGGGUCCCCUUCGGCGAGGCGUGGCACGUCCGCGAGUGGCUGCGGGUGCGGGGCGCGGUGCGGAAGCCGCCCCGGGAGCACCCCAAGCGCCCGGUGCUGGGGCUGCGCUGCCCGCGGGCCGAGGUGAGCGGCGCCCGCUUCUGGGGGCUGGUGCGGAGCCUCUGCCCGGACCCCCGCGCGUUCUUCCGCCACUGCUUCGUGCACAACCUGUGCCCGCUGCUCUUCCUGGCCGAGUCCGGCCGGAACGUGCCGCUGCCGGAGCUGCGGCGGCCGGAGCGGGAGCGGCUCCUGCGGCCGUGCGGGGCCGCGCUGGUGGCGGCCGUGCGGGAGCUGCGGGUGCGGCUGGUGCUCGGGCUGGGCCGCGUGGCCGAGCUGCGGGCGCGCCGGGAGCUGCGGGCGGCCGGGCUGGACGUGGCCGUGCGGGGGAUCCCGCACCCGUCGCCCCGGAACCCCCGCGCCAACCGCGGCUGGGAGGGCGAGGCGCGGGCGCGGCUGGAGGAGCUCGGGGUGAUGCGGCUGCUGCGGGGGGAGGGACGGGGCGGGGGGCUGGGGGCGUGGGGGAGGCUGGGGAGCGGGGGGGGAGGGGGCUGGGGGGGCCCUGGACCGGUUUGA